AUGAAGGAAGCUUUAUGGAGGGCAGCUAGGGCCACAACAUUACCUAGAUGGGAAAGAGAAAUGAAUCAUAUGAAAGAUCUCAAUAUCAAUGCUUGGAAAGACAUGAUGUAUGUACCUGCUACAUGUUGGAUUCGGUCUCACUUGAAGACAGAUACACCAUGCAAUUUGCAAGUCAACAAUAUGUGUGAUGCUUUUGAUCAUGCAAUCUUGGAGUAUAUAGACAAGCCAAUCAUUUCACUGCUUGAAGGAAUCAAACAUUAUAUAAUAGUGAGAAUUUUUGCUCAAAAGGAGAAAUUAAGUAGGUACAAAGGUAUUACAAGUCCUAACAUCCAACAAGUCUUACAAAAAACAAAGAGGCCAGCAGAAGGAUGGAUUGUAACAUGGCAUUCUGAUGAUGACUUUGCUAUAUUUGGGGUAUCAAACGGUGUUGAUACAUAUGCUAUUAACUUUUUGCAAAGAAAAUAUGGAUGUAGGAAGUGGGAUUUAGGUGGAAUACCAUGUUGUCAUGAUAAACACACUGCCUAG